AUGAAUCCAAGUCCAUCUUUUAAAGAAAUGAAACCAAUUAUCUCUGAAGAUAAAGCACUUAAUUCAAGUUGCUAUUGUAGUGAUUGUGGAGGUAAGAUUUCAAAGAAAUUGCUUUUAAAAUAUGAUAAGGAUCAACAUCAACUUGACAACAAAUUCAAGAAUUUAGAUUUGGAUAAAAUUCCUAAAAAUUUGGAUAAUCGUAUAUUAUCUAGUGCAAAUCCUUCUAUGUAAAUAUAAUUUAUAAAUUUAGACAUAUAGCUAAUAAUGGGAGUAAAAAAAAGAUAAAAUAUAAGCCAUUUAAUCAUCUUCUUUAAAUGGUACAUGUGAAAAGUGUUUUAUCAAAAUUAGUAAAUUCUAAACCAAUCAAAUAAUAAUAAUAAGUAUUUUAAUCAUCACCUCAGACUAUAUCUGAAUUUACUUAGAAGACAUAAAAUUUAAAGACUUCUAUAUCAAAAGAUAUACAAAGUCCUUUGAUAGGAAAAAGAUUGAAAACUGAACCCAUUAUUCAACACUAACAGUAGCUAUCACCAAUUGAUACAAAGAAAUUUUAUUAUCCAAGAAUAUCUAGAAUAAGUUAAAUUGCAGCUACAGGUUUUCUAAAUCUAAAUUUAUCAGAUAGAACAGAAAUAAAACCUGUAAAUCAUAAACUAAUAGUUUUAACUAGUAGAUAUAAAUCACCAGAUAUUCAAUAGGUUAGAACUUUGUCUUAAAGAAUUUAAAGUAUUUAUUUAAAAAAAUCUGAUUUAAAACUUAAAGACAACAAUAAGAGACAAAAUUGA